CCAUAAGUUGAAAGAAACACACUUGACUUCCCCACACAAACAUCAUCACUCAAACUACACUCUCACUGCCCUAACCAUGGUGAUUCCUUCUUCGGAAACACCCACCGUGCGCGUCACCAACAUACCCCAUACCGCCACCGCCAACGACCUUCUCCGAUACCUCGAAACCACUGUUGGCCGUUCCUCCGUCUUCGCUCUCGAAAUCUUCAGCGACUACACCAACUGGAAAUCUCGCGGCGUUGGCCGUGUCCAGUUCGAGACAUUGGAAGCUAAGUCUAAAGCCCUAACUCUCGCCGAGAACAAGAAACUUCUUCUCAGCUCCCAUUUCCUCUGUCUUGACGCUUCCUCCGAUGACAUCAUUCCUAGGCCUGCUCUUCCUCGUAACCGCAUCAACAAUGGUGCCCUUUAUGCUGGUUUUCCCAUCGGUCCUGAUUGCAUGAGCGUGCUUCAAUCAUGGGAAGGUGUUCGAGGUUGGGUUAUGCCUGAAAGGCAGAGACUUGAUUUCUGGGUUACUCAUGGUGAUCAGUGUUUUAAGCUUGAAAUUCCUUUUGAGAAUAUUUUGGAGUGUGAUGGGUAUUGUUCUGAUGAAGGUUCUAAACCCAACGCCCUUCUCUUGAAGCUGAGAUAUGGGCCAAGGAUAUAUCAGAAAAUGGCGGGGCCAAAUGUAGCUGCCAAGUUUAAGGAUGAUAGGUAUCGAUUUUGUAAGGAGAAUUUUGAGUUUAUGUGGGUGCGCACCACUGACUUCUCAACUUUAAAGUCCAUUGGGCACUCUACCUCAUUUUUUUGGGAAAUUGUGGAAGAAUCAUUUGAUUCUGAUGUUUUUCGUAGUUUUCCGCUCUACAGAGAGAAUUUGAAGGAUCUAAGUCUGGAAGAUGGAGAAAAAUUCUGUUCUCCAACUGAAACAGUUCCGCUUGUUAAGUGUCGAUUGGAUUCCAAGUUACCUUAUGAGAGUCUUUUCCAAUUGAAUUCUCUUGUUCAUACCCAGAAAAUUAGUCUUGCUUCAGUGAAUGAUGAGUUGAUUGACUUGUUGGCAAGCUUGGAUGCAGAAACUAAGGCUGUGAUUUUUCAAAAAUUGCACAAGAUGAAUUCCACUUGUUAUGAGCCUCUAAAAUAUGUGAGGACUCAAUUACACGUGCUUAGUAUAAAGAAAAAAAGUGUUCUCCCAUCACAGCAGAAAAGGUUGGUGGAUAAUAACAUAAUGAGUUGUCAUCGAGCCUUGAUUACCCCAUCAAAGAUUUAUUGCCUUGGUCCCGAACUUGAAACCUCAAACCAUGUGGUAAAGCAUUUUGCGGCAUAUGCUUCAGACUUCAUGAGGAUUACAUUUGUUGAAGAGGAUUGGAGUAAGCUUCCAAACAAUGCAAUCUCAAUCACUUUGAAGAAGGGAAUGUUCUCAAGGCCUCUUAGAACUGAAAUAUAUAAGCGGGUAUUGAAUAUUCUUCGAGAUGGGAUUCUAAUUGGAUCAAAAAGAUUUGAGUUUCUUGCCUUCUCUGCUAGUCAACUGCGGUCAAAUUCUGUUUGGUUAUUUGCUUCUAAUGAUAAAGUGAAAGCAGCAGAUAUCAGAGAAUGGAUGGGAAGCUUCAAUAACAUCCGUAGUGUUUCCAAAUGUGCAGCAAGAAUGGGUCAGUUGUUCAGUUCUUCCAGGCAAACUUUUGAAAUGGCCCCUCAAGAUGUGGAUUUAAUUCCAGAUAUUGAAAUCACCUCUGAUGGUAUAGACUACUGUUUCUCAGAUGGUAUUGGAAAAAUUUCACAGUCUUUUGCAAGGCAACUUGCAGAAAAGCUAAAAUUAGAUGAGAAUCGUAUUCCUUCAGCAUUUCAAAUUCGGUACGGUGGAUAUAAAGGUGUCAUUGCUGUUGAUCGCCAUUCUUUUAAGAAGUUAUCAUUGCGUAAAAGUAUGCUUAAGUUUGAAUCCAAAAACAGAAUGCUUUGCGUCACUAAAUGGAGUGAGUCAAUGCCGUGCUUUCUCAAUCGAGAGAUUAUAUCCCUGCUGUCCACCUUAGGAAUUAAAGAUGAGGCGCUUUUGGCAUUGCAAGAGGAUCAAUUGCAGUUGCUAGGAAAGAUGUUGACUGAUAAGGAAGCGGCCUUGGAUGUUUUGGAAAGUUUAAAUGGAGCUGAUUCAAAUAGCAUUCUAGUCAAGAUGCUGCAUAGGUUUUAUGAGCCAAACAGUGAGCCUUACCUAUCAAUGAUGCUCAAGGCUCAUUAUACGUACCAGUUAUCUGAUUUGAAAAGCAGAUGCCGAAUAUUUGUGCCCAAGGGCCGAGUCUUGAUUGGCUGCUUGGAUGAGACUGGUCUAUUGAACUAUGGCCAAGUAUUUGUCCGCAUAACUGUGGCAAAAACUAAGGAAAAGUUUGGAGAUGAAAACUUAAGGAACGUGGAUGGUGAUGAUAGCACUCGUAUUAUAGUAGGUAAGGUGGUAGUGACAAAAAACCCUUGUCUUCACCCAGGAGAUAUCAGAGUCCUUGAUGCUGUCUACAGUGAAGAAUUAGAAGAAAAGGGCUUGAGGGAUUGCCUUGUAUUUCCACAAAAAGGACAUAGGCCUCAUCCAAAUGAGUGCUCUGGAGGUGAUCUUGACGGGGAUUUAUUUUUCAUAAGCUGGGACAAAGAUCUAAUCCCAGCUCAAACUGAAAAUCCAAUGGACUACACAGGAAGAAGGCCUCGUAUAAUGGACCAUAAGGUGACUCUGGAGGAAAUACACCAAUUUUUUGUUGAUUACAUGAUCAAUGAUACUUUGGGUGCUAUCUCCACCGCACAUUUGGUUCAUGCUGACCGUGAACACGAUAAGGCCAAGAGUAGAAAAUGUCUGGAGUUGGCUGAGCUGCAUUCCAUGGCAGUUGAUUUUGCAAAGACUGGAGCUCCUGCAGAAAUGCCAAGAUCUUUGAAACCAAGAGAGUUUCCAGAUUUUAUGGAGAGGUUCGAAAAGCCUAUGUAUAUAUCCAAAGGUGUAUUAGGAAAACUCUACCGCGCCACAAUUGAUUCAAACUUGCAAGUAAGGUUUGACAUGGUCAUGUCUGAGAAGUUUGCCAAAGAAGCAUAUGAUCACCAGCUUGAAGUUGAUGGUUUUGAGGUCUUUCUUGAGACUGCCUUAAGUCACAGAGAUAUGUAUGCACAGAAGAUGAUCUCUUUGAUGAGCUUCUAUGGUGCAACGACUGAGGAUGAAAUGCUAACUGGUAACUUGCAAAACCGUGCAUCUUAUUUGCAGAGGGAUAACAGGAGAUAUGGAGAUAUGAAGGAUCGAAUUCUAAUCUCAGUAAAGGAUCUUCAGCUGGAAGCUAAAGAAUGGUUUGAAAGUGAUUGUCAGCCGCAUGAAUAUCAACUUAUGGCAUCUGCAUGGUACCAUGUGACCUAUCACCCCAAAUAUUACAUCGAAAGCUCCACUUUUUUAAGCUUUCCAUGGAUUGUCGGUGACAUUUUAUUGCACAUCAAGUCUGCAAAUGCUCCCUCUGUCCCAUAAUAGCUUUUACAUUUACAAAAAAAAUUGUCCUAAAAAGAUUGUCGCUUAGUUAUGAAGACAUACCAUUUUGUAGUAUGAGUAUGACAUGUUCAUAGCACGGGUAGCGCUUGGAUGACAUAGAUUUUGGUGACAUUGUUCUUAUCUCUCUCUUAAUCAAUCUUUAUCUCUCAUCUAAAUAAUUUAUUUUAAUCAUUCAUCUAUCAUUCUUUCUCAUCUAAAAUACACUAAUGUCACCAAUGUUACCAAAAAGCUAUGUCACUCAAGUGAAAUCCGUUUAUGUACACGUUGAUUGAA